UAAGGCACACGGGACACCUAAUAUGUUGACGUCUGCUGGUCCUCACAGGAGGGUGUGUUUACGUUGACGUCACAGCAGUUUACCGACAGGAUCACGUUCUGAUAAUUCAGCAUCAUGUUUCAUGGGAUACCAGCUACGGGAGGUGUGGGAGGAGCUCCGGCCAAUAAACCUGAGUUGUAUGAGGAAGUGAAAUUAUACAAAAAUGCGAGAGAGCGAGAGAAGUAUGACAACAUGGCAGAGUUGUUUGCUGUCGUCAAGACCCUUCAGGCCCUGGAGAAGGCUUACAUCAAGGACUGUGUCACACCUAACGAGUACACUGCUUCCUGUUCCAGACUGCUGGUUCAGUACAAGGCUGCGUUCAAACAGGUGCAGGGCUCUGAUGUGGGCUCCAUCGAUGAUUUCUGCAGGAAGUACAGACUCGACUGCCCGCUAGCCAUGGAAAGGAUUAAAGAGGAUCGGCCAAUCACCAUCAAGGAUGACAAGGGCAACCUGAACCGCUGCAUUGCAGAUAUAGUUUCUCUCUUCAUCACUGUGAUGGACAAGCUGAGACUGGAGAUCAGGGCCAUGGAUGAGAUCCAGCCAGACCUGAGGGAACUGAUGGAAACCAUGAACAGAAUGAGCAACAUGCCUCCAGACUCAGAGGCUAAAGACAAAGUCAGCCUCUGGCUGACCACCCUCAGCAGCAUGUCAGCCUCAGACGAGUUGGAUGAUAAUCAAGUGCGCCAGAUGCUGUUUGAUCUGGAGUCGGCCUACAAUGCCUUCAACCGCUUCCUCCACUCCUCCUAAAGCAUCUAUCCAUCAUCGAUCUCAUCUGUCUGAAAUUCUGACUCUAAUAUCUGUUAAGUUUAAAAAGAAGAAUCACUCUACUUCCUCCUUAUGGCUAUUGGUGGGAAGUGGAUUUAUUAUUGGACAGGUUUUCUAUCUCAUAUCUCCCCUAAUUUCUUUCCUUUGUUUCCUAUUGUCGUUAUUCAUGUUGUGUACUAUUCACACGUCCCCGCCUUGUAUACUCUGCUGUGUCUGGUACAUCAUGCUGCCUGCAGCCUUGCCCACCAGGCUCGCCCCGCUGCUCUGACGUGCUCCAUUGGCCUCUUUUCUAGCCAAACUUGUGUGAUAAAUCCUUUAACAUUGGCUGUUUAUCCUGCCCUUGACAAAACGGUUUACUUCUAUCUUUGUAUUGUAAUAUCGAAAAAGGUCUAAUUUUGUACUUGAGUUUUGCAGAGCACCAGAAGCAUGACACAGUUAUAUUGGGGUGAAGUCUGCACAUGAAGAAAAGGUUGCAACAGCCAAAACCUUUGUAUUAUUGGAAAGAUGAAUAUAUAUAUUUUUCUUUUUGGUACCCUAAUUCUAUCCACUACUUGUGACUUGGGGUCAGAUGAACAUUUUUUUUUUUCUGUAUACCAUGUUUGUUUUUCUAUCACACACGUUUCUACUGUAGAAUCCUACAAUCGUUUCUGUCGAUAGAAUAAAAUAAGCUGAUGUCAGUUAAUGGAAAAUAAAUGCAGCUGAAGUAAUUGUUUGGACUUUAAGAUGUUUAGACUGCAUUUCAAAUUAAUAAUUCUAUUGAAACUAUGGUGGAAGGAAUUAUUUAUGUACAUUUUCUAGUCCUGUUUCUGUUAACCUGCCUAAUCUAUAUUUGCUUUAGAAGUGAGGGUUUGGCCACAUUAAGUGGGCAAAAGCGAGGUGGACAUGCCCCCUCCUUAUUUUGCUUGCUAAAUAUGUUUCAACCCUCAAACACCAUUAGGGAGAACAUAUUUAUUAAGAUUUAUCAUUGUAAAUAAUAGUUUUGAUUUUUAAAUAAGAGCAUGUAACACCUUUUUAGAAAUAAAGAUAAAAAAAUCUACCUCCAAA